UGUACACACUAAAUUAAUAUGACAGCAGACAAAAGUUCAACAGAAGCAAGUGAGGGGGAUGCCAUUAAAGUGUUUGUGAGAAUUCGCCCCCCUGAUUCCUACGACAAUGAUCGGGGUUGUCAACCUUGUGUGUCUGUCAAUGAAAGCAAGACAGCCGUCAUCGUUCAAAGCAAACCAGAUUCAAAAACCUAUACAUUUGAUCAUGUUGCAGAUUAUCAAGAUACUCAGGAGUCAGUUUUUACCAUCAUGGGUAAGAAAAUAAUUGAGAGCUGCGUAACAGGAUAUAAUGGAACCAUAUUUGCUUAUGUAUGUGAGAUUGGCCGUCCAUCUGAUGAUGUAGACAAUUUCCAGCAUGACUUAAGGGGAGUCACUCCAAGGAGUUUUGAAUAUCUGUUCAAUUUGAUUAAUGAAAAACAGGAAAAUGGGUCAGAGUUCCUCUUGAAAUGCUCAUUCUUGGAGAUCUACAAUGAGCAGAUAUAUGACCUUAUGGAGCCCUCGACAAUGACCCUUCACCUGCGGGAGAAUAUGAAGAAGGGGGUAUUUGUGGACAGAUUGACUGAAAUCUCAGUGACUACAGCACUGGAAGCCUAUGAGGUUUUAACAUCUGGUUGGAUCAACAGAAGAGUAGCGUCUACUUCAAUGAACAGAGAGAGUUCCAGGAGUCAUGCUGUGUUCACCAUUCAAAUUGAAUCCAAGCAACCUCAAGGGAAGGGAGUAAAGAAUUUGAAGGAGUCUCAGUUGAAUUUGGUUGAUUUGGCAGGGAGUGAGAGGCAAAAGGAUACUAAUGCAGUAGGACAGAGAUUAAAGGAGGCGGGGAGCAUCAACAAGAGUCUGUCUAUCCUGGGGAACGUGAUCAUGUCUCUAGUGGACAUCGCCCACGGUAAAUCUCGACACAUUCCCUACAGAGAUUCCAGGCUCACCUUCCUACUCAGGGAUUCUCUUGGAGGCAAUGCUAAAACACAUAUCAUUGCUUGUAUCCACCCAGGCUCCAAAUCCUUUGGUGAAACACUGUCAACUUUACAUUUUGCAAGGAGAGCAAAAAUGAUUAAAAACAAGGCUGUUGUGAAUGAGGACACUCAGGGAAAUGUCAUUUCUUUACAACAAGAAAUCAAGCGUCUCAAAGAACAACUUGCUGCUUUCAUGAACGGAAAUCCUACUACUCAGGUGAUGUCCACAGCAGCAACACCAGCAGCACCUAGCUCUAUAACAGAUUCUGAAUGGAGAGAGAGGUUUGUCAGGAGUAUGCUAUUUAGAGAGAAGGCUGAUCAACAGAAUCAGAUUUUACAAGAGAGGAUAGAACAGCUACAGGAUCUCUGUAAUAAGAAGGACAAGUGUCUACAGAGCAGUAAGAUGAUCGUGAAGUUCCGGGACAACAACAUCUCACGCCUGGAGAAGAUCGUGAAAGAGAAACACGACGUCCAGCCGGCCCUACAACAGACCAUUGAAGACCUGAGGGCAGAGAUAGAGACCUUAAAAUAUCAAAUAGAACACAAUCCAAAGAUCACCAAGUAUGCAGCAGAUAUACAGCAUCUAAAGAAUGAACUGAAGCUGGCCAGGUCCGAGAGAGCGGACUCACAGCAACUGGACAACAAGAAGAUGGAGGAGUUAGAACAGCUGUAUAGAAAACUAGUGGAGGAACAGAGAGUUGAGGAAAAUUUAGGAACUCAGACUCCUAAGCUAACCCCAGCAGCUACAGAUAACAUCUCCAAGGCAACGGUGGAAAAAUACAAAUCUCAAGUGGAGAAACUAACAGAGGAGAAUGAAGAGUUGAAGGAGAAGAUGAAACAGGCCCAGGAUUUAUGGGAGAAGAAGGAAAUUGAGCAGCAAUCUGAGCUGGCCUCAGUGAGAAAGGCUCACGCUGAUCUCAAGUUUGUACUCGAGUCCUAUCAGAUCCGAACUCAAGUCGAGCAGGACGUCAUAAAGGAGAGACAUUUACAGGUUGUAAAGACAAUAACAACACCUAAGAAAGUAGUAAAAAGACUGAGGAGCAGAGAAAUAUGUGCCCCCUGCUCCAACAGUAGCACCCCCACCCUGAAUGAUACGAUUCCCUUUGAGGAGAACGAGGGGAUAUUUGAGCAGUCAGAACCUCAGGCCAUGACAGAGGAGUACCAGGAGGGGCUGAUAGAAGAGAUCAAACAACUGCAGGAUCAGAACAGCUCCUUGAAUCAGCAUAUUAUGGACAUGGAGACAGAAACAAUACAGCUACGACAACAUAUCUCUAAAGUGGAUCACCAGAACGCCAAGUUAACAGAGAUUCUGGAAAGAGAGAGGGCUUCAUUAAGUGAGACCACAGAGAAAAUGAGUAAACUCUCCAAAACCUUUAGUCAAGAAUUAGAAGAGGAAAAAAUUAAAUGCCUUACCUUUGAAAGUGAAAAUAGAGAUCUUAAAGUUAUUCUGCGACAAACAGAGAAAGAACUAGAGGAUUACAAAACAAGGUGCAGGUCUCAGGAAAGUGCCGUCCAAAGCCAGGCCGGAGAAUUUGAAGAUAAGAUUGGUGCUCUUGGAAUAGAAGUAGAAAAACUCCAAAGAAUAAAUGAAGAGGUUGAGGAAGAAAAUCAAAAUCUGAAGGAAAGGCUGAUGACAGUACAGGAGACAUUAGACUACAGAGAAUGUCAGGUCCAGGAGUUAGAGGAGGCCAUAGCUGAUCUACAGAAACAGAAACAAGACCUCCAGAUACAAAUUCAGGAAAAUCUCAAUCAAUCUGACAUCAAUUUAAAGGACAAGAAUAAAUUGUUUCAUGAGCUUGAAACAGCAAGACAUGAACUGAUUUCACUGAAAGAAAAUAUGGAGAAGAGAGAUGAAGAACAGAGAACACUCACAACAGAAAUUCAACACCUGGAGAAGAUAAAUGUAGAGAACCAGGAAGCAUUGUCAACUUUCAUGAAGAAAAUUGAAGACAAGAACAUGGAGAUAUCUAACAUGAAGGAUGCAUUAGAUACACAGGUUCAGAAGGGGGAGGAGCUAAAGGGUUAUCUGGACGAAAAAGAGGGCAGGAUCUGUGAGCUGGAAACGAGGAAUAAUCUACUGGUCAACGAAAGUGAAAGCAAGGCUGACAAGAUUUCAACACUGCAAGAAGAAUUGGACCAAGCUCAAGAAAACCUCCACAGUUUUGCAUCAGAACAUGAGAAAGUUGAUAAAGAAGUGGCUACUUUGAAAAAAUUACUGGAGACGAAGGAAAUAGAACUGGCAGCACUACAUGAAGAGAAGUCAAAUCUGGCCUUAGAGCUGUCAUCUACAAAGGCUGAACAGUGUCGUGAAGUUAUCGCUCAGCAGGCUUGUGUUAUAGAGGACUACAAAGAACAACUCAAUCUAUUGAGGAAUUCAGAGAUGUCAGUUCACCAGGAAUCUCAGGAAAUGGACAGAUUAAUGAGACACAGUCCCUUGGCACACAGACUGAUAUGCAGAGAGAAAAGAAUACAUGACAUUGACAAAGAAAACCAGUCUCCUUCGAAAAAAUUCAUGUCUCCAGUUCUCAGAUUAAAGGACAUGGAGCAAAACAAAAACAGACUCUCUUCAUCAGAUUCCUUGAACGGCAUGGAGAAUGGAACGCUUUCUCCGAUAAAAAGAAAACCCGUACUGUCAGAAGAUAUCGUACAGAAUGAUAGAAGUGUUCGGUUGUCGGAAGAUUUAACGGACGAUAGUCAGAUGGACUUGGACCAGGCUUUUGUGACAGCUCACACUAUGCAGGCGUAUGUGUCGAAAACCCUAAAGAAGGAAUCGGAAGAUGUUUGAUAUGAGCUUGACAGAGAAGAUUGUGAGAAAUUUGAAUGCAUGUUUUAUUGUGCUCGAUGGGGGAAGUGUUAGGGAGAUUUAUUGUCCAUUGCUGCAUUACAAGAGAUUUUAGUUCUACAGAAUAGUGAUUUUAUGAUUUGUACUUUACAUGCAGUUUAACUUGACGCUGUUCAUUUAAUAAUGAACUUUGUGAUUGUUUCAAGCAAUGCAUUUUGUUUAGUAUUAGUGAAAAAUGUUAUUUUAAAAAAACCCAAUCAAACCACAGGGAUUCACAUGAAUAUAUAUAUCUAUUGAAUUACUAUAUAUACAAAUAUAU